AUGAACCAGCUUUCCGCAAAGGAACCAAGCACUGCUGGAACAUCAAACCUGGAAGACAACAAAGAGACUGUUCUAACGGUUUCAAUUAAUGAUGACUAUACGGAACAUGUAACGGAAAGGGAAAGCACUGAAAAGCAAAGGUUCUUCAAAUAUAUAGCAUCUCUCAAAGCACCGGCUACCAGAGUGGUAAAAUUUGUCAUUGCAGGAUUAUUUCUUGCAUAUGUUGGAUAUUCUAUGACAGUAGAAUUCGGAUCUGAAAAUUCUUUCAGACUUCUUAUUGGUACAAUAUUGUGGUAUCUAUUCCUGUCAUGGAAUCUGAUAAAAAAGAGGAAAUGGUUUGGGAACAUCCGCGCUCAUAUCAAUGAACUGAAAUGCCAAGGAAGAAUUCAACUUAAAAUAAGAAAAUAUAUCCGAUGGAGUCUGUAUUUCGCCAUGUUGUUAGCCAUUGGGGCUAUAGUAGGGAUGUCCGUAGCGAAGGGUAACUUCCGGAACCUGGUGUCACUAGGGGGACUCAUAGUCUUCAUGUUGCUGUUGUACAUAACAUCGCUUGAUCGAUCAAAUAUAUCAUGGCACUGUGUAUUUUGGGGAUUCGGAAUACAGUUCACACUAGCCAUUCUAGUGCUGUACACAACCGUCGGGAAAGAUUCUGUCAUGUGGUGCAGCACUCGGCUUAGUGAAUUACUUGAUCACUCUAAAAAGGGGUCAGAAUUCAUCUUUGGCAAAGAUUAUCAGAAGAUAAAUUUUGCUUUUGGUAUUUUACCAACAGUUGUCUUCUUUGUUGCCAUCAUCAGAGUUUUGGACUACUUAGGUGUUCUCAGAUUCAUCAACAGGAAUCUUGGUUCCGUGCUAGCGUUUUGUACAGGAACAAGUACCCCGGAGUCAAUAUGCGCUGCCGCCAACAUAUUUGUAGGAGGGGGACAAGGCAUACUGUUUAUCAAAGAAUACGUAAAUUACCUGACUGAGUCCCAGGUAUUCUGUGUGUUGGUGGAAGACAUUGCAUCUAUUGGUGGUGGUGCGGUUGUACUUUACGCGGGUUAUGGGGUUCCAGUCAAGUAUCUCAUAUCAGCUUCUGUGUUGUCUGCCCCUGCUGCCUUGGCUGCUGCUAAGUUGAACUAUCCGAGUUCGCCAUCAUUGUCAUUAACUGUAGAUCACGAUAAAAAAGACGAAUUCAAAAGAACGGAGUCCAAUAUACUGCAUGCUUUGACAGUUGGUGCAAAACAAGGGUUAAGAUUCGUGUCAAGUAUAGCAGUAAACCUACUGGUUCUUUUAUCAGUGUUGGACUUAAUUGAUGGAUCCUUACAAUGGUUUGGAGCCAGGGCUGGAGUGAAAAACUUUAAUUUUGAGAAUAUUUCCUCAUACCUGUUUUAUCCAUUUGCUUUUCUGAUUGGUGUGGAUCUGCAAGAUUGUUUCAGAGUUGCGAACCUACUUGGUUUAAGGAACCUGAUUAGUUUAGCCAUAUCAUAUAUGCAAAUGGGAGAAUAUGUUCGGAAUAAAGAAGUCUAUAAUGAAUAUUCAUCAUUAUUCAAUGACACCGUGUUCUAUGAAGACUCGUAUGAUGUAUUUUUACCUCAGUGGAACCGAACUCUUGUUAAAGGAGUGUUAUCGGAUCGUUCUGAGGUGAUCGCUGCCUACGCUUUGUGUGGAAACGCAUCGCUAUCGUCCCUUGGUAUUUCCUUUGGGUCCAUAUCUGUGUUGGCUCCGAGAUUUAUCGGCCAGGUCACAAGACUCGCUCCAAGGGCUAUGAUAGUCAGUACUAUAGCUUGCUACUUCACUGCUUGUGUUGCAGGUAUGAUAUACCAGGAUGGGUAA